AUGUCACUUAGCGUUCUGAGUAAGAAAGAAAAAGAAAAAGUAAUUCGCAGACUGUUAAUCCAGGCUCCUCCGGGGGAAUUUGUAAAUGCCUUUGAUGACCUCUGUCUGCUUAUCCGUGAUGAAAAACUUAUGCACCAUCAAGGUGAGUGUGCAGGCCACCUACAUUGCCAAAAAUAUUCCGUACCUCUCUGCAUCGAUGGGAAUCCAGUACUCUUGUCUCACCACAAUGUCAUGGGUGACUACCGGUUUUUUGACCAUCAAAGCAAACUUUCUUUCAAAUUUGAUCUGCUUCAAAAUCAGCUGAAGGACAUCCAAAGUCACGGCAUCAUUCACAAUGAGGUGGAGUACCUGAGGAAUGUUGUUCUCUGUGCCUUAAAGCUGUAUGUGAACGAUCACUACCCAGCAGGAAACUGCGAUGUGCUGAGAAAAUCUGUCAAGAAUAAGGAGUUCUUGAUCGCCUGCAUUGAGGACCACAACUAUAACUCAGGAGAUUGCUGGAAUGGUCUGUGGAAAUCCAAAUAUUUCCAAGUGAAUCCAUUUCUAACCCAGGUAACAGGAAGGAUUUUUGUGCAAGCUCACUUCUUCAGGUGUGUCAACCUUCAUGUAGAAAUGUCGAAGGACCUAAAAGAGAGCUUGGAAGUCGUCAACCAAGCUCGACUAGCUCUGAACUUUGCAAGACUUGUGGAAGACCAAGAGAAUAAAUUUCAAGCUGCCGUCCUAGAAGAAUUGCAGGAGUUGUCAAAUGAAGCCCUGAGAAAAAUUAUACGAAGGGAUCUUCCAGUGACACGCACUCUAAUUGACUGGCAGAGGAUACUAUCUGACUUGAAUCUGGUGAUGUACCCUGAGUUAGGAUAUGUCAUUUAUUCAAGAAGUGUGUUGUGCAACUGGAUAAUAUAA